GCCGGCUAUCUGUACGUAUCGUGCACUCUGUAUCAGACUGUAAUUUUGUCACAUAAAUUUUAUGUCAAAUUUACGAUGCGCUGUCCACGGCGAGGAGAACUAAAUCGUCUAAUGACAAACUGCGUCCGUUAUCGGCGCGACUUUGCUCAAUUAUUUGUUGGCGAUGUUCACACGUGUAUUAUCGAAAGCUGCACGGAUUUAUUCUUAUGCGAUCUCCUUUAUGCCGUAUUUCAUCGAUACCACUUCGAUUUUUCUGGUUCAAUUAGUUUAAUGUCGAAUCUUCUAGUCUAGUUCGCAGUCGUGGAAUACGAAAUUAAUUUUGAAUAAUAAUUUAUAAGAAACGAUAUCUGAAACUUAACGGGAAUUCGGUUUUACUGUAAAAUUUAUUCGAAAUCGAUUGCAGUUAUUUUGACAACACGUAGGUGUACAUUAGCGAAAAAUAUAUAUUUGCAAAAUGAUAACGACAAAACGAUGGGCAUGUUUUCAAUACCUUACAAUUAGUUACAGGCUUUUACACUAAACGGAAAUGUUUUCGAAAUGCUCGGUUUUUCACGCAGCUACAGUUUCACACAAAUGUUUGAAAAUUAAACAAAUCGUUAAAAAAUUAAUGGCACGAAUACCACGCGUUGUUUUAUUUCUAAAGUUGGCCGUGGUGACCCAGUUUAAUCCAUUUUAAACGAAAAUAAAUCAUCGAUAUUGGUAAAUUGGAUAAUUAAGCCCAGAGGUCAGCUGUAACUGCGAUUGUUCCUUUUCGUUGCCAAAUAUGGCACAAUGCACAUGACGAUGUAACGUAAAACGAAGAAUUGAAAAAGAUAAAACAUCGAAAUUCGUUUCGAUGUUCGGGCCGACAGAAUUGUAACUGUUAUAAAACAGCUUGCAGUACAAGAGCGCAGCGAAACGGAUAGGUUGUAAAUUAAAGUGAAUUAGUUAAAAAGAGCGUUAAAUCGGCCAACAUAGCCAGCUAUGUUGUUACUUUAUGGUUUUCGGCUUGUAUCCAUGAUCACCCGUUCGGUUCAUUGCAUCUGGCAAUAACAGCUGCUGGAGCAUAGCGAUCACACGUAGUUUCACACUUCGGUUUAAUACUGGUACAACAGGCUUAUAACGAGAGCAGUCCGAGUUGUAUUACGUUCACAUCUAGUACCUGCUUGUUUCAGGCUCGUUUUGAUUUACGACGCUCGUUGCUUUACGGAUUCGUUGUUAUUAGGCUAUGAGAACGCAAAGAAUCGCAGCUGUUGCUCACACCAUUAACGUUCCUUCAUCGAACUCUUUCAUUUUCAUGCCUUUUUCAAUUUGGAUUCCGUACUACGAUACAUCCAUCGUUAUCGGUCGUUCUCAGCGUUUUAACUUAUCAUCUCACUGCCUCGGUUUAAUUGACUACGCAAAGAACAAGUUUCACGACCCAUUUGUACCUGAUCCCAGAAAAUAUCAUGAAACUCGAUUUUGAAUUGAGAACAAGCGCGAGUCACAUGCAACGAUUCACCCUCGUUUCACCUGGUUUUUCAUAAUUUUUGAGCAACGUGCGAUAUAUUUUGAUCAGGACCAACGGAUGGGACGAACCGUUGUGGAACAGUAAUAAGUAAAAUAAGAAGAUAGCGCAUGUAUCUGGAGCAAUAGGUGUGUAAGGGUGGGAGGUGGCGGUGCUAUCAGUGUGCCACGGCGCAACCGGACAGGCGUUUCACGAUGGGGGUGGCUGGAUAGAGGCGCCUAACAGUAGCUGAGUCGCAUGAUCCCUUCACUCGGGUCCGCACGGCUACCGUCGUCUCUGCUCGGCUCUCCGAUCGGAUCUCCGUGUUUCGAAGAAGCGCUUGGCGAGUUUACCGAACCGUUCGUGCCACUGCGCUCGCAUUCGGUUGCGCGAACUCUUCUCGUUUUCGCGCGUGCAACUAUCUCCUCCUUCCUCGCUUGUCACUCGCUCGUCUCUUUGUUACAUCGUUUACCGCGCUCCGUUCCGGUCGUUUUUAUUCGCCACGCGGCGAAUGAAAACGAUGACGUUCUCCAGAGAUCUCACUGAUUCGUGACGAUCAUCGCGUAUCGUUGAGGCGACUAUAUCCUUGCACGCAUGUACUUUUGUUCGUUCAAUAUAAUCGAACAAGGAACAUAAAAUUAUUAACAAGUGUAUGUAGUGUUUCUGUCGAUAUUCUGAAAAGAAAAGUGUAUUGCUGUUGCGUCACAUGUUGAUCUUCGUGAUCUUGCGACGAAUCAUCGAACGAGCUGCUCUUCGUGUUAAGAGUAUUCGAUUAAUUCGAUUCUCUGGAAUGAAUGUAUUGUGAAACAUUGGAGAGAAGAAAGAACAUAGUGUAUCGCAGUUUAUUCACGGCUCUGGGUGGCUCGUCCGCCUUCAUUGGUUUUCCCGCGAUUUUCGCAGCCACCAUCAAGGAUCCGAGUCUCGUACAUUUUCGAGGAGCAUAAGCUUCUAGUGAAACUUGGUAAUCGUUAAAACAGGACCUCCAGGCUGAUCAUUAAAUUUUAAAUGAAUAAGGAAUCUGAUUGCUUCUAACGAAAGAAAGGUGGAGCUUCGAUUCUACGAUCGUAAACCGCUGCCGAGUUACCACAGAUGAUGUAUAUUGGAAAGGAACUUGAGCGUGAACACGAUGUCGUUUGUUUCGAAUUGGUCAUGAUAAACCAACGAACAAAAAGUUAAUUUUUCGCUAAACGGUAAACGAAUCGUGAAUUGAUCGCGAGUGAAUAGCAUAGACGUUACCUAUACGAACCAAUAUUUGAUUUCGAUGUUUCAAGUUGUAAUACAUUUGUUCAAACCACAUCUGUACCUGUUAACGUCAUAACCGAACAUUUUCCGUAAAGAAGAUUUUCGAUACGCGAAUAAUCAUCGAAUGGAAAAUACAACGAAUCGUAAUAACUAAAAUAAAAGAUACUUUUAAAUAUCGCGGCAAGCGUUCAAGAUGUUCGAUUCAUUAGGGCCGACUGGUUCAUUGAUUAGAGGAAGCUGUAAUAGCGACUUAAAGCUAAAGAAGAGUAUAAAAUCCCUUUGCUGAGCGAAAUUGGCUAAUUAAAGCAGUUCAUUUAGCAUUCCACCGUGAAAUCGGUUAAUGUCGCCACGGUGGAGGGAUCGAAGUAGCUACGGUUAUCCGUCUGAGUGGUGUUUGCGUCGGGAUAUACGGCUACAGAUCUGACGAACAGUUGGGAAUCGAUGAAUCGUUUUUUCCCUGGCUAACGUUUCCUUGACACAGGGAUAUCCGUUGAAAGGGGGAAUGAAGGGCCAUCCGGACAGCACGUAGGGACUGGCCCUUCUCGUUUUCGGAGAUGUGGCGCUAUCUACAGUACACUAUCUUCGGGCUUACCGUCAUCCUGCUGACGAUUCAUGAGAUAGUCCUCGUGCGAGCUGGCGAACAAGAGAGGGAGAUCUGGUAUGAGGCAGCGACACGCGCGAUCGAAGCCCGUAUUCGCGCGUCGGCGGCAAGUUCGAGCGUCAGCGGGACGACGCCACCGGGUGGUGUGGCGCGAGGCGUCGUUCUCUUCGUCGGCGACGGGAUGGGGAUGAGCACUCUUACGGCUGCGAGGAUCCUCUCGGGUCAACGUCAUGGAAACACGGGCGAGGAAGCGCAACUCGCAUGGGACAGCUUUCCAGCCGUCGCUCUGGCAAGGACGUAUAACAUGGACGCCCAAGUCGGAGAAUCGUCGGCAUGCGCGACGGCAUUACUCUGCGGAGUUAAAGCCAAUUACGAGACUGUUGGCCUGGACUCCUCUGCACGCUUUGAGAACUGUUAUUCCAGUUUUGAUGCCCGUGUACCGUCCCUUAUCAAUUGGGCGCAGGAACAGGGUAAAUCGACGGGACUGGUUACGACCACGAGGGUGACACACGCUACACCGGCGGCCCUUUACGCUCACGCAGCCAGCCGUUACUGGGAGGACGAUGGCAAGGUGCCACCUGCUGCACGGACCUCUUGCAAGGACAUCGCGCGUCAGCUGCUCGAGGAUGAACCCGGUCGUAACAUCAAUGUGGUGCUCGGCGGAGGUAGGCGUCAUUUCGUGCCGAAAGUGAUCCAGGAUCCGGAAGAGCCGGAUAAGGAAGGCAGGCGAUUGGACGGAAGAAAUCUGAUCGAGGAGUGGUCGAGGAACCAUCGGCUGCGGAACGCAGCCGCGAAAUACGUUGCUAACAAGGAGCAGUUCGAGAACGUCGAUCCACGGAAAGUGAACCAUCUGCUAGGGCUAUUUUCCUAUUCCCAUAUGGACUUCGACGUUGACCGAAACACGAAUGGAAGUGGUGACCCGUCGCUGGCAGAAAUGACGAUAAAGGCGCUCCGUGUUUUGACGAAAAAUCCCGAAGGAUAUUUCCUUUUCGUUGAAGGUGGCAGAAUCGAUCACGCGCAUCACUAUAACAAUGCCUAUCGAGCGUUAGACGAAACACUGGCGCUGGAGGAAGCCGUGAGAGCGGUGAUGAAGGAAGUGGACUUGUCAGAGACGCUUCUCGUCGUAACGGCGGAUCAUUCGCACGUACUCACGCUUGGUGGCCUAGCGACGCAUCGUGGUAAUCCUAUAUUUGGUUCUGACAGCAAGGUGUCGGAUCUUGAUGGACAACCGUAUACAACGUUAUUGUACAGCAACGGACCUGGGUACACGCAGCCGAGGAAUAUUUUACGAGAAGCUGGCAAGGAUUCUAUUCAGACGGCUGGAGUACCACGUGCCUGGGCGACACACGGCGGCGAGGACGUGCCAGUGUUCGCCAUCGGUCCUCUAGCGAAUGUCUUGUUCUCCGGUAGCGUCGACCAGAGCUAUAUACCUCAUGCGAUCUCAUACGCCUCCUGUCUGGGUCACCACGCGAGCCGCUGUUCCCGAGAUUCCAUAUCCAGCAACGACACAAUGAGCGCCCCGAUAAGCUGUCCCUCGGCGGAGCCGAACAGCGCCGCGAUAUCCAGCGAUGUGAUGAAUGACCAGGCCAGAAAUCCACCCACGAAAUCCGGCGCGUCUCUCGAACCGGCUGGCUUCCAUUCGCUAACCAGUGUUCUGCUGCCCCUUAUCCUUGCCAUUCCACCAUGCCUGCUCGAGGGAACGAGUUAAUGCCCGUUAGAACCUCUUCCGGUGAAUAGUUCUCAGUUACGUUCGACCUGAACCACCCCAAGGAAGCUUUCGGAUAAUCUGUCAGGAUAAAGACAACAGGUGAUCCUAAUGAUUUCUCGAGCUGGUCUCGUAUUUCGGGAUUAAAAAGUUUGAACAUCGAAAGGCCAUUCGAGCGGAUGGAACAGCAGAAGAUUCUUCUGGUUUGGGUUUUGAAUCGUAACUCGAUCGAAUCAACCGGAUGAGGGUAAACCGAAGGUCUAUUAAUUCUUUCCUUCGUCUUGGUGGGAAUGAUCGCGGAAGCCUCGUAUAAAACGAGAGAAUAAGUGGCUUGUGAAGAGGAUACGGAAAACGAGUACCAGGAACUAAAUAUAUUCGAAUUUCCGUGCGCACGGAUACGAGCGAAUAAUUUAUCAACUUGGCUCUCGAUACGUCGAGCCCUCGAUCGACUGUAACGCCUAUUCUCCGGUGGAAGCUGUUCACAAAAUCCAGGGUAUAGAUUAAACGGAUGGCUAAUGUACGACGAGGGGCUGUCUCUUAUCUUGUACUGGUUGUUACGUCACCUCGAGGGGAACGGGAUUAAUCCUGGCCCCGGGAGUCUGCUUCUUCCUAGAAACAGCCUUCCAUAAAACGUGUAUACCCAUGUGGAUCGAAGGGGACCUUCGGUUAAUCAGCGUCAAGAGUCAAUAGACGAUCUCGCAUACUACGCGAUCCUGAAGACGUUCCAAAACGGUCGAACGAUCGACUGGAAGAUUAUGGGCCAACCGUUCGAGUAGCGGGCGUGUCACACGUUUCACGCCGAGCGUUUUGCAAACGGGGACACACGAUGGAACGUGAAGUGGUAAUUUGUCGUGGAGCGGAGGUGUGUCCAAAAGGUUUUCAGACUCUAUGGAACGACGUGCGAAAGCUUUCCGCCUAUCUCUCCCUCUCCCCCCCUCUCUCUCUCUCUCUGUCUGUCCCUCUCUCCCCUUCUCUCUCUUUCUCUCUACCUCCCUUCCUCUCCCUGCCGCGGUUCUGCUCACUUCGGCGAACAGUUAAUGACGGUUCUUGCCUAAUUUCGCAAAGAAUUUAGUGUUACCCGGUGAGAGGGUGGGAAUCCAAAGCAGUUCAGAGGACAAUUUGCGACGAUAAUGACUAUCCCAAGGCAGCUCGGUGAACUUCGCCGACUUUCAAAGCUUUCACAGAAUCUAAAUGGGGUUUACAAGUGCUACGUGACGAGGAUACUUCAUCCGAGAUCGGCGAAGAGUUCCCCGAUAGACUCGACUCGGUUCGAUUAAAGGGGUGUCAAACGUGUAGAUCCGGACGCGAUCGCCGAAUGAAAGUGUCGAGAAAGUUGCUCGAAAUUCGUGAAAGUAAUUCUUACAAGAGUGAUGUUACGUUACGUUGCGUUACGAUGUUUUUUCUCGGUUUGAAAAGUGGUUUUGAAGUGUGGUGUGUAAUAGGCUAAGAAUAUUAUUCAUAUAUAUAUAAACUUACAGAUAUCGCAAGAAAUACAUCGAUCGGUUGGUCGUGCCAAUCGUUUCAUUGAAUAUUUUCGUCCUAUGAAAAUUUUAGUUCGUCGAUUUUAAUUCUGUAACGAUGAAAAUGAAAAGAAUGGAGGGUCGAUAAAAUGGAUAUUUCCAUGGGGAAAUAUAUUCUUUUUUUUUUUACUAUUUUUAUUUUUUAGUUUCAUCGAAGUUGAAAAUACAAUCCAUCUCAAUUGGUCGAACAAUUUGCACGAGUGGGAAUAGAUUGUAAAUUUGUAUGAUAGAAUGGAAUUAUAUCAUCAACAACAUUUCAAGAUAAUUCUACUAAUAUCGUGUUUCGAAAGUACUUGAUACGUAGAAACGUGUCCAAUUCGUUUGUUUAAUUUGUUGAAAUUGUUCUACAGUUAUACGUUAUAUAAAAAUCGAAAGAUCGAUUUAACUAUCUUUGACCGAACAAAUUGACUUUUCAAAUAAAUUUUCGGGAAAACAUACAUUAUAACAAUAAAGUUAUGCCGCAAACAGAUGAAAUGCAAAUAAUAUCGGAACUGUUAUAGCGGGCCCCCUCAUUAGCAUUUGAAUGGAAAUUUUGAGAUUCGAAAACGAGCGACUGUCGCUGGGACUCUCAAGAAAAGCGCGUUUAAUUCAAAUGUAUGAUAAUUCGCUCUGUGAUAUCGAGUUUAAUAGCAAUCUCUCGUCAUCUGGAAUUUUCAGGAAACAUUCAAACUUCGUCUCUUUUUUUUUUUUGAUCGAAUUUUGAUCAAAGCAGUGAUUAGAUCGAUCGUGUUUCCCAUAGAAAUGCAAAAAACGAGGAGGAUUGAAGGGAAAAUAAUCGCGAUCGAUCAAAUCUGACACAAACGACCAUUUGCAAAAUCAGAUUCACUUUGAUCCCGGAUUACUAUCCACGUCAAAAAGAAGAUUUUCGAGGCAUUGAACCAUCGAGAUUUCAAAAUUCUUUAAUACACAGUUUAAUACACAAGUUCUUUAAUACACAGUCGUCAUUCGAAUCUAGGUAGAACAAUGCGUCGUUAUUACGAACUAUUCGAAAUUUUAAUUUCAAAUAUCUGAAAUGAUUUUAAUAUUUUAAGCGAUCAAAGAGAUACAUAGUAAUUUGAUUUUGCAUAAAUUUGAAAUAUAUCAGACGUUUUCACGCGAUGAUCUCAAUUUUUCUUUACUUUUAUUAUACCUUUACAUCUAUAUCAAUACCUGGUGUUCGAUCUAUAAUCAGCAUAUCAGAGAGAUUUAUUUGAAUAUGAUGUUUUUCCAUAAGCUCCCUACCAUUGCGAAAUAAAAUCACCGAGAUUGUGCGCAAGCCGAAUCGAAGAUUUUUCAAAAAUAAGUGUUUCUACAUUGCGAAUCACUCUGUUGAAAAUUUCAUAAUGUAUAAAGCGCGGGAGUCGAUAUUUUCGUCGCACGUGUUCAUUGAAACGUUCUAUUUUCAACGACUGCAGAGAUCAGCUACAAAUUCUUCGAUACACGUACUCGUCGGAAACUUCAUUUCGACUUUGGAUAUUUUCAACUUUGUUGUCAGCUUCCCAUUAGACUUGGUAUCAGAAUCGUUACCGUUGGCAAGAAACAAGUUUAUCUAAGCGUAAAUUGUUGCUUGCGAGGGAAGAACGUUAGAACAGGGGAAAUUCGUUUUCGAGAUAUCGCGAAGGGUAAGGUAUUUCGUAGAGGCGAAGCUCGUCUCGUUUAAUUCGUCGUAAAAGAAUUUCUCGUGCGAUGAUGAAAUACACGAAUAAUACUUUAAACGCAAAUGAUACUUUAAGAUAACGCUAUAAAACCAAAUAUAUAUGUCGUUAGGAGGAAACGCUCAUAAGCGCUUCUUUUUUAUUUUUUAUUAUAUUUGGAAAUACAAUUUCUGUUAUUCUGUAUUUUAAUUGCCCAGCUUCAAAUACUUUGUUUUAACCCUCUAUAAUUGGAUUCUGUUUGCUUAUGUGAAAAACGAAUUAAAAUUGAUUACAUUUUCUUAGUUUUAUUUCAAAAUUACAAACGAAUUAUUUUCAAUAACAAUUUUCAAGUCAAAGUGCAAUCCUCAUUGCAGAGGAUUAAUUCUGCAAGAAAUUAUUUGCUCGGAACUUUUGACAUAUCGCUAGCGCUUCUACCUCUAUUCAUUUGCCUUGUUAACGUUUGUCGCUCCUUGUACGUAGAUUCCACGAAUCAUGUUUUUGCAUGCUUACAUGGCACAAGUGCAACGCGCAUGGACGAACUAAUCAAUUUUCGAUUAGUAACAUUGCAAUCGUGAUAAAAACUCGAGUGAACGUUUCUUUGUGAUGUGUAUGUAUUAGAUACAUAUACGAAGAUAUCUGAUAACCAGACGACGUAAAUUGCUGUUACAAAUUUUCUCCAGUUGAAUUACUAGCGAAUGCAUUUGUUAUUAUUAUCGUUAUCUAAUUAGAAUUUAUCGUUAAACUCGAUUGAAAGUUAUUAUUACUCGGAGAUUCUUAUUAAUAUUAUCGCAAAUUUCAAAAUUAUGUUCGUUGCCUGUUAUUAUACGAGACUAUAUGAUAAAAUCGCUAUACUUUAUAAAAUACUCGGUGAAAUAAAGAUUUUCUUUUUUAGAGGAUUCUUUGUUGUCCUUAGGUCGUUAUCGCAAAACGAAGUUUUUGGUCGAAAAACUAGGGUAGAGUUUAUGCAAACGUCAAACGCUAAGAUUUAUGCACAGCUGCACCAACAGACAAUGAUGAAACAAUAGACAGGCAUUCAGGGAAAAACAAACUUGGUCGUGAAGUUUCGAGAAAGAUUUCACGAAGUUAACAACGAAGCUUUAAGCAGGGGGGG